CUAGCGUGUUUAAGUCUUGACGUUUCGUGUGGGAGAGUGCUAAUCAAGUCUUGACGUUUCGUGUGUGUAGAAUGUUGCUUCAGUCUUAACUUUUAGUGUGGUAGAGUACUGCCAUUUAUGCCAUCGUGGGGCGUCACCCACGCCACGUGUGGUGCCACUUCCGUCAGUGUGGAGAGGCAGAAGUGGCAUUCGGUCGAGAAUAGGAAAGGAGUGUCUUUCUACGACUGGCACUCCCAGUAGUGUCAUACUUGAGUCGAGUUUGGGACGGGGAUAAUAUUGAUGCUAAAACUGUAUGACAUUACCAACGUACUUACCAGUGCUAGGGCCAGUACUAGGACGAGAGUCAAGACUGGUGUGAGAAGGAGUGCCAGAACUAGUGCCAGCGACAAGGAAUCACCAGAACCAGUGACAAAGAGAGCAAUGAAAGCGACCAUCAGCCUGGUGGUUGUGGUGGUGAUGGUGGUAGCAGCAUCGACCAUUAAAGUGUGCAAAGAGGGUGGUCCGCCUUGCAAGUCUUACAAUGACAAGGAAAUCAACAUUAAAGUGCCAGAAGGACAAAACUAUCUGGACGUAUGGAUCAAGACUAAGAAAAAAAAUAUUAAUUUGGAUAUCAAUAUACAUGACAGUCCAAGAUACCGUCUUGCCAAUCCCUUGCAGGUUGUCAUCAACCAGGAAGGAUCAGCACAGUGUGAGGAUGGUCCCUGGUGUCAUCUAAGGUUAACACAAGCAGUGCAGGGAGUAAAAAAUUCAGUGUUGGAAACUGUAUAUGGAUGUGGGAAGCAGAGAAGACUUGAGUACACGCAAGAUGAUGUUACCAAAUUAUCUGUGACGAAUAGCAGGGAAUAUAACAUUAUGGUGUGUGUUACAACCCCACCACAAGUUACAACCUCGCCACAAGUUACAACCUCACCACAAGUUACAACCUCACCACAAGAAACAGAAAUGACGUCUAAAGUUACGACUCCAGACUCUGGAGGGAGUGUUGCAGAGUCGUGCAGUAUGUGGACGCAGAAGCAGCAGCAAGUGGUGGUAGGGACGCUGGGAGUGUUACUGCUGCUGGCUCUGCUCACCUGCGUCUUUCUCUUGACUCGUCUCUUUUGCAACCGACACAACACAGGGCAAGGAAUGGAGGCAAUAGAGAGAAGCAGCAGCAGGAAGUACUUGGCAGUGUCACUGCCUCUUAGUGACACUGCCUCUAAGACUGGUGGCACUCGCCCCUACUCCUCACACGACAGUGAAAACAGUCUCUACGGUGCCACCAUCACCAAGCACUAAUACUGAUGACUGGCGAGAUCAUCUGCCCAAGAAUGUGAUUGACAUGACCACCCGCUGAGGAUUAGAGAAAUUAGUUUUUCAAUCUCACAUCAGAAGAGAAACCUAUCCACACCACGCAACACUCUCCCACCCAUGGCAGACAUCCAUGGUAGAUAUCCAUGGCAGUCAUCCAUGGUAGAUAUCCAUGGUAGAUAUCCAUGCAGUCAUCCAUGGUAGAUAUCCAUGGUAGAUAUCCAUGGCAGACAUCCAUGGCAGACAUCCAUGGUAGAUAUCCAUGGCAGU